GAAAAAAUCGAAAAAUCGUAUUUUUUCGCCCUUGAAGUAAUAAUUUGUUUAAUAAAAUUCGUAAUACAACAUUAAGGUAGUAGACAGAAAGUCCAGUAAAGGCUUUACGUUAAGGGGAGUUACGUCACUGUGUACCCUUUGCUUUACUUGUCAAAGCAAGAUCGCUUAGUUACGUUGCUUGUCAGAGUGACGUAAUUGGGUAGCAUUGGAUCAGGUUAUAUCGCAGGACCGGUGUAGUGGACCAAGAAUCUAUCACUGUAGUACACAUUCUGGAUAUUUUAUGACCCAAGAGGAUUGGAGAGAAAUUCGCUAGGACAUCAGAGUUAAAACAUGCGAAGGAUAGGCGUCUAAAUAUUAAGUCCACACUGACAUCAGGAGAAAUUGGAUUUAUAACUACAAAGAAUAUGUUUGGAUAAUUUAUUGUGUUUUAAUAUGCAGUGGAAGAUAAUGAAGUUUUCUAUUGGACUUUUUGUUUGUUUUGCGUGGUUCGCGCCUUUUGUUUUGGGGAAUGGAUUUCUAAAGUCCCCCACCAGCCGUUCAUCAGUGUGGCGAUAUUUCGGGGAGGCACCGUGGGGGGACACACUUACGCAGAAUACGGAGGAUAUGUCACUUAAUUGUGGAGGGACUUAUACUGAUGGAGACCUGACGGGAAAAUGUGGUCGAUGUGGGGAUUACGUCGGGGGAUCAAGACCAAAUGAGGCCCCAAACGGACAGUAUGCUUCCAAAAGGUCCACCUACAUCUAUCGAGAAGGGGGUGUAAUAAAUGUCACAGUGCAGGUCACAGCACGUGCCAAUGGCGGCUUUUUCAAAUUCAAGCUUUGUAAAUCUGACGCCACUACCGAGGCCUCUCAGGUCUGCUUUGACCAAAAUCCCCUGAAACUCGCCAAUACCGCGGAUCAAACUAUCAUACAGAUACCUGAUAUAGACGGGGAUAUCGUCGUUCCGCUCCAGUUACCAGCAGGACUAACAUGUGAUCACUGUGUCAUGCAGUGGACGUGGGUGACAGCUAGAGACUGGAGAUGUGGCAGUAUGAAUGGUCAGUUGGUUUGUGGUAUGGGAUACGGAAUGCAGCCCACAUUUGUAAAUUGUGCCGAUUUCAAAAUUCUUGCUCAGGGAGCAUCUGUUCCGGCGGAUUUUCACUGGCCAGAUUACAACUCUGUAUACGCCACCAUUCACGGAGGACACACUGGAUCUGGGACUACUCCAGCACCUGUUCCAACUACAUCUAACCCUGUUAUUGUCAUCCCUACGACCACUGCAGCGACAACUACCGCAGCACCCGCAACUACUACUCCAUUCCCGAUCAUCACAAAUCCACCAAGUACAAGCCCUGCACCUGCCACAACCACUGGUGCUCCUCCAACCACCACUGACAAACUAAUCAUAGUAACACCAACACCAGUUAUAACCACACCAAACCCUCAGCAAACCAGCAGGCCACCAUCAUCACUAACUACAACACCACCCCUACCACAGUCCACAGAAAAACUGGUUCCCGGCCCCAUAAUUCCACCAAUUGCCCCAUUGCCAGUGGCCCCAGUUGCUGCUGGGGGUUCCGGUAUUCUUGGUGGUCUAUCAUUGGGAAGUAUGAUAGCGCCUCUGGGUCUUGGUCUAGGUGGACUGAUGCUUUUGAUGGCAAUGAAUGGAAGAGAAAACGGAGGCAACGUUGAAUACAUGGAUAUUCCACCUAUGUCUAUGCCUAUGAUUUCUCAGCCUGUACAGCCAAUGUUCUCGCCACCAUAUGUCCCGUCAUUUGGAUACACUAUGCUACCUGCUCCAGUGGUUGUCCCAAUCGUGGAGGAGCCUAUUCCAGUCAAGAAGGGAUACGGGAAAAGUUAUGGUAAAAAUGGAGGUGGUUAUAAACAAACAAGUUACGGCAGCAACAAUUAUAGAGGUUAUGGAAACAGAGGGAAGAAAUAUGGUAUGGGCAUUGUGAAUCCGGGCUACGGAGUUAAUGGAGGAGGCUACGGCUAUAAUAAAGUACAAUAUCAACACAAUUAUAAUCCAACAUCAUACGGCAACAAUCGUCCAAACAGAGGAGAUGAGCAGUUUUUCCAGCUUCCCAGCAAUCACGCCUUCACCAGGAUGCAAUAUGACGAAGAACCGGAAGUCAAUAAAGUUAAAGCGAAGGAAGUUAUUGAAAACCAGCCACAUAAAUUUGAUAUCUCAGCAUAUAGUAAGAAAUGCCCGAUCUCACAGCAGACGUGCAAACCAAGAUACGGAGCGAAUGAACCCACAGUAUACGGGGCUGUUGAUAUAGUCAGUAUGAUAUGCGAGCUACACUGCUCUGCACGCAAUCCUAACUGCCCAGCAGAGAUGUGCUCGUGCACGUGCAAAGAAGAGCCAGCAGCCGAUAUAAAUUUACAGGCCAGAAUAGCUGCUGCAAGUCUGUUUGGAAAGUAAUGGUUAGCAAAAUUAUAGAAUUAUUUAAAUUUUAUUAUUACUGCAGCAAAAAUGUUAAUGCAAUGCAACAUGAUACGGAAUUUUUGCUCAGUUUUGUACUGAUAUUUUUUGACGUAUUUGAGGUCCUCAGUCACAAAAUGUUAUUGUUUAUUCUAAUGAGGUUUCUAUCACUCCAGUUGUCAGUCUAUAAAGUCACUAUUGAAUUGUAAUUUUGCUAAAAGAAAAAAGUCUAAAUACGGAAACAAAAAGAUACCGAAAGGUGUAAUAAUUUUGUGAGGACUAUAUAUUUACUAUCAGUGAAAUUUUUGUAUGAUAAGAGUUCUUUGUUAUAAAACGAUUGUAGAAUGAUUGUUUGUAUAGUUGUAGAUACUGAACCCCAUACAGCGAGUGCCAAAAAUCUGGUGGUUGGGUUCUAUACUUCCAUACUGUUAUUAACUUUCCCCCAUAUAAUUUUUAUGUAGGGAAGAGCAUACCUUUACAUGGGUUUUAUUUUUGUGUUCUUGUAUUAUUCAUCAGAAGAAAAAAAAAUCAAAGAAAGACAAAAAUAUUUGUAAAUUUAUCUGAUCAUUAUCUAGAAGAAAGGAAAUCAUACUCUUUUUUUCCUCAUGUAAUUUGGAAUA